AUGCCGCCACUGAGUAAAGAAGAACUUUGGUCUUCAGGUAGAGAUGAGACUGUAGAGGUCAACCAGAGAGCAUUGAUAGAUAAGAUUCUCGCUAGAUACUCAGGUGAACAUACAAUAUUCAGAGAGCUACUACAGAAUGCAGAUGACGCAGGGGCCGAACAUGUACAAGUCAAAUUCUACACAGCGUCAGGCUUAGAGACUCUCGAGAAAGGUGAAGGACCAUCCAAGUUACCCGAUGUCAAGAAAGAUAUGAUGCAUCGAUACGUCGUUACCAACGAUGGUAUACCUUUCAGACAACAGGACUGGCAGCGGUUGAAGAAGAUCGCAGAAGGUAACCCAGACGAGGAGAAGAUUGGAGCCUUUGGUGUCGGUUUCUAUUCUCUAUGGAGCGUUUGCGAUGACCCCUUCGUCGAGUCCGGAGAUAAGUGGAUGGGAUUUUACUGGAAAGAUGGGAAAGACCAACUUCUCGCACGAUCCGGUGAUUUACCUCCUUCGGCAUCUUCGUCCACUGCAGCAGAAAAAGGUCUCACAGGCAAUCCAUGGACAUCCUUCACAAUGGGAUUAAGGGAAUCAUCAUUGCUUGAAGGGCCCUUAGAUCUCGCCAGGUUCUUUAUCACUAGUAUAACAUUCAUGCGUACGGUCAGGAAGAUCGAUAUGCUGGUCGAUGGAGUGAAAGUGCUGGAAGUGGAGAAGAGCGUAAAAGGGAAAAGCAAAGUCACGAAGAAAGGGAUGAAAACGAGUAGCACGAAUGGGAUGAUGACGGUCACGGGAUUGGAUGCUACUGGAAUGGUCAUCUCUGCCAAAGUAAUGCAGUGGCUUUCAGCUACUGGAUUUACACCACCUCCUAUUCCUCAAGCUAUUGCUCAACUAGCUAAACCAGCUAAAGGUUUCGCCUCCAUGCUUGCCUCGUCGUUCUUCGGUCGGAACUCUCCCGCUCCGACUCCUGUAGCUCCCCCACCCCCAGCACCUCCACCUGAAGAUCCGUUCGAAGUGACCACUCUUCACCGGGAUAUACAGAUAUAUCAAGCUGAUAUCAAAGUAGCUGUAUCUCCAGCAUUCGGCAGAGAGCUCGAACGAGCGACCAAGAAACCUCCUCCGACGAGAAUGCCUGCGAGUGUAGUGUAUUCAAGAGGAGAAGCGGACGAGGAAGCGAAGACGGAAGACGGCAAACCUGCCGCGAAGGACAUAGGUGGAGUAUUCGGUGGACUGUGUCCCCCAUUGGAUAGCGAGAAAUCAGCCAAAGUCUUUAUAGGUCAAGCUACUUCACAGACUACCGGUAUUGGAGGUCAUCUAGCCGCAAGGUUUAUUCCAACGGUAGAACGAGAAUCGAUCGAUUUGGUAGAUAGACAUGUGUCUCACUGGAACAAAGAACUGUUAUGGGUCGGUGGAUACCUCUCACGGAUGAUCUACGAGCUCGAGCUACAAGAAAUUCGACAAUCAUGGCUUCAGACCUCGGUAGAGGAUAAGGGGAAACGAGAACAGCUGCUCAAGCGAGGUUUGCACGCCUUACGGUUUUUCACUUUCAAGACUACUACACCUUCUAAUGUUGUAGGUCAAGAGAUGGAAUCCGCUUUCUAUGGUUGUGCGAGCGAUAAUCGAAGUUUUCCAAUCAUAUCGAUUGAUGGUAUCUUACCCAUCAGCGAAGUCAGGAUGCCAAAUGCGGAUCUCCAGAAAUUUUUACCUGAUUUACCGGUAGUUACCCCCUCAGCGAUUGAAGAAGCGCCUAAGUCGAUUGCCCGAUUACGUGAGAGAUCGUUACUUAGGGAUGUGACUUUCGAUGAUGUAGUCAAGCAAUUGAAUGACCGACCGUUGACGGAGAAAGAGAUGAUAGAUUGUCUGACGUGGUGGCAAGGUGUAGCUAGUUCGGAUUCGAUAAACUCAGCUAUUCGACGCAAAUUGGUUGAUGCGGCGAUCCUCAUACAGGAAAAUGGAAAGGUCUUACCGUUGUCUACUGUUCAAACUUUCGUCAAACCUCAUAAUGCUGUCAUACCACCUGAUAUGCCUUUACCGCCCCACACUCUACCUUAUACUAUCACCAAAAAUCUCAAAGCGAACUCGAUAUACAAUAUCUUUGGGUGGACCGAGCUCUCCGUCUUGCAGUAUAUCACUUUCCUCGUUAAUCCACCUAUGUCUAACGAUACUCAAGCUACUCCAGAAACGGACAUUCGAGUCUCAGCGGAUUUUUCAGAAAAGGUACUCGGUAUGCUUGGUAGAGCAUGGGCGAAUUUGGCUGCCAAUCAGCAAACUGCAAUCGCCCUUGAAUUGAAGGAUAUACCUUGCAUACCGACUAAAGCCGGAUUCAAGAAACCAGGAGAAGCAUAUUUCGAGAAGAACCUCUUAUUCGAUGAUUUACCUACGAUAGCUUUACCGAAAGGUACAGCCAUCAAAGGUGGUAUGGAAAAGAUGCUCCUUGCGAUCGGUGUUAGGAAGACUGUAGAUCUGCAGUUGGUUUUCUCGAGAUUGGUAGGAGGCGGUUCAUGGACUUGUCAAGAUCUCAUGAAAUACCUUGUUUCGGUGAAAGAUAGUUUAUCGGACGAAGAGAUGAAAAGGCUUAAGAUGACUGCCGCGUUCCCACUUGAAAUUGAAGCUCCGGAGGGUGAAAGUCAGAAGACUGUAGUCAGACAAAAGCCCCAUCAGCUUUAUGAACCUACAGAAGCUAUGCGUAAUUUGGGUUUGCCACUGUUGGAUUGGGGUGAAGGCAAAUGGAGAUCAAACUCGGAGGAAGCGAAAAUGCUCUUUACGCUUGGCCUGAGACGUUUCCCGCCUAUUGAUGUUCUUUUGGGUAUCGCGGCUGGAAGACCACCUGCGAAUGACAAAGCGUUACAAUAUUUACUGGCGAAUAUACAUAAUCAUUAUCCCAUGUUCAAGUCAGAAGCUUUUUCUGGUGUGGCUUUCAUCCCUGCUGUUACCUAUAUUGGAGAUCAUAUAUUAGCAAAACCUGGUCAAGUAUUUACCAAUCCUCAAUGCUCGAUCUUGGGAUUUUCGGUCGCACAACCUAUCGGCGCUGCACCUGAAAAUGCAGUCAAGUUAGGUAUACAGAGUGAUCCACCAAUGAGUCAGCUUGUCGAAGCGCUCAAAGCGAAUGUGACGAGAGAUACUGAUAAGGCAAGGAAGAUUUUCGAUUAUAUGUCUACUCGACUAGGUCAUUCGUUAUCGUCGUCGAUAGAUUCUCUCCGAUCCUUUGCUUUCAUCCCUGUCAAAACUACCAAUGGCGACAUCAGUUUCUACAGGCCCACGCAAGUUUAUUUUGUAGCCAAGGAAGGAGGUGAAGAUUUGUAUAAAUCAGCUUUCACUUUCGUCGAUUUUGGUGAUAGGGCGAACAUCUUUUUGAGGUACUGUGGGGUACGAUCAGAACCUAGUGUAAGGGAUAUUGCACAAUUGUUGAUGAAUGAGCCUGGAAGAAUGCUUGAACAAGCUGGUUCGGCUGAAAGAUAUCUCGAACAAUUACGUUUACUUGCUGCGAACUGGACGAUAUUCGAUACUCCAACUAGAACAGCUAUGAAGACCGCGCCUUUCCUCCUUGCUUCGCAACGUGUACCUUCGCGCAAAUCAACCAAGAAGCUGUUGAACUCCUGGACCGGCGGGAACGAAGACACUGAAUAUGAAAGAGAGUGGGUUUUGUGUAAAGCUGCGGAUGUCUCGGUCGUGGACAGCGUAACGAUGUUACAGUAUUUUGGACAAUAUAUCCUUGCUGCGCCAGAGGAACACAUCCUCGAAAAUUUCUAUGCCUCUCUUGGUGCUCGACAACUCUCAUCUUUCGUCAGGCGACAAUACAUUUCGGACACACCGUCCACUAUCCCAUCCGACCAUGCUCAGGCAUUACGUCGACAUGUCCUAGAACGCUUGACAAUCUUCUUGGCGGAAGCUCGAAGGAAACAAUCCGAAUACUCUUCUGACCAAUUAUCAAAAGAAGGUAAUUUCACUAUUCAAGAAGUCCGAGAAUUGAAAGUGAAAUAUACAUAUAAGAAUGGUCGUAACGAGCAUCAUCAUUACGAGACACUUUAUGCUACUGCAUCGAGAGGUAGAGGUAAAGCGAUAAUCUUGACUAUAUCAACUACAGCUCAAAUGGACGAUUACGACAUUGCUUCAGCACUCUGUGAUAUCCUACUCAAAUCGCCUAAGGCCGAUGAUGCGCUUUUACUUUACUCCAUCUUAUCUACUCCGCUCAUGGCUUUGAAGAAGAGGGGCUUCAAUGUGGAUAGGAUAUUUAAUCAGCAGAAAGAGGAGAAAUUGAGAAUCCAAGCUGAACGCAAGAGAGAUAAAGAGAAAGCUGCGAGUGAAGCGGCUAAUGAAACUGCUUUGACUACUACCAAGAGAUCAUCUACGGGUGAUUUGGAUGAUACGAGUAGUAUCACUUCUUCGACAACUGCAAUUGAUUCUGAAGGAAGUACGAAUCCGAAUUCGAACACGAGGAAACAUUCAAUGGGUGGAUUAUUGGAUAAGUUCAAGAAUAGAUCAAGUAUGAUCAAGUCUCCUUCCUCCACUUCAACUGCGCCUGGGCAGGGUAUAGGCGAAAAUAUUAUGAAUCAAUUGCAAGGAUGGGGAAAUACUGCUAGAUCCGGUGGACCCGGGACUAGUUCGAGUCAUAGUACCAAUGGCAUGCCUGGGGCAUUCAAUGCUAUUGGAAGUGGAAGUGGGGCGAUGAAGGGUUCUGCGCCGAGUUGGUCGACUAAGCAACCUACGGAUCUGAAUAAUAUACGAAACACCGUCCAAAAGGCUCUUGAUGCCUCGAGACCCGAGAAGGGAACACAAAUCAACGAUUCUAGACAGGCCGUCAGGGAUGUAUCAGAAAGUCAGGAUACUUAUUGCGAUACCACUGCUCAGGCGGAUAUCGUUUUGGUACCAGGCGCCGGGGAAAGAGGAGGAUUGAAUAUCUGGGUACCAAGAGAUGUACCGGACCAAGCAGGAUUCCUCAUAGGCGAUAAGAUGGAUGCUUGUUAUCGAUUCUCAAUCCAAAUCUUACUACCUAUCUGUCAAGUUUUUAAUCUCGCUCCACCCGUAAUGAAUGUCUUCUGGGAUCAUGCGGGUCCAUUGAUAGCUUUCAAUAAGGGAGGAACGAUCUUCUGUAACGCGAGAUACUAUCAAGCUUGGCAUGACGAUCAGAUCAUCCGUGGACAAAGACACGAAGCUCUCAUCUCAUGGUAUUUCAGUAUCGCACAUGAACUCGCUCACAAUCUAGAAUCCGCCCAUAAUUCGGCUCACGAGUUCUACUUCUCAAGUAUCGCGGAAGAGUAUUUGAUCAAAUUCAUAGAGCUGUUGGCUAGAUCUCAAAGGGAUCUGGCACAACAACACUUGUUAGAUUAG